AUGGAGGAUCACGCACAGCCAUUGGAUGUUGAGCCAUUAUGGUAUAUUUGGAAGAAACUCGAAGAUGCUACAAGCCAAUCCCUUAUUCGACAACAUAUUCAUUCUUUAAGGGAAAUCAUCAUGCAAAUGACAUUCCAUGUUGAAUGGAAGUUAAAAGAUUGCCAGCAAGGUCUUGUAUCUCAUCAUAUUAUCAAGAAUAGGGCAAUUUUUAAUUGUAAUCAAACUAUAUCUCCCGUUAGUGAUAGUAGUAAGAAAAAUUUACAAGUGAAACCUUACUGUGAUUGUAGCUAUGACUUGCAAUUUGAAUCCAUGGAUAUUAUUGUCAUCUUACUCAACUAUGAUCUAACAAUAAAUUGCCAUUACGCAGCCAUAACUCCAGAAACAUUUACCGUUUCAAAACGCCAAUUUAUACAGGAAUUAGUAAAGGUUGUCAAUGCUGAAAGAUCGAUAAUGCAAAUUAUCGCUAUUUUAAUUCAGUCUGAUAGCGUUAAGAUUUUAGAAGAAAUUAUCGACAUAUUAAGACUUAUUCUACGAUUAUCGCAUUCAAUCGGAGGUGAAGGCAAAACUGUUUUUUACUCUAUCAUUGGAAGAAUAUUGGAAAUCAUGUCUAGUCAAUCGAAAUCUCUUCAGGAAGCAACGCUACGUCUUACCGAAGACUUAAUCCGAAAAAAUGAUUUCGUUGGUGUUUCUAAAUUAUGGAUAGGUGAUCAAGUUAUUAGCCAUCUUAAGGUCAUAUUGCAAAAUCAUCAAGAUUAUGGCAUCUACCAAAUAACAAUCGUUUUAGAAACUAUCGAAAGAAUGAUGGACAACCAUAGACCCAUAAUACAAGUCCAGUCAUUAAUGAAGCACUAUAACUUGACAUAUCUCCUAUGUAAUAAAUUGCAGACGGAAAAUGAUUGCAAGAGCUUAAAAAAUGUACUAAAAACCAUGUUGUCAUUUACAGAAAUCUUAAAGGGCAUGCCAGAUCUAACAUCCAAAAUGAAAAUAGAUGAAAUAGCGACUGAUCUGUCACCCAUGAUUCCUGUUAAAAAAUCAUUUCGAAGUAAUAAAUGCAGAGACGUCUAUUACGAGGUUUUGAUAAUCUUGUUUAACAUCAUUUGCGAUCAGAUUCUAAUUAUUACUAAUAAUAACGUUAGUUAUCAGUUCUCAACAGUUUAUAUCUCGCGUGAUUUCUAUAUGGUGUUAGUAUAG